GUGAUUGCUGUGUGUAUGAUUCUCAUCGCAUUUCGUCACAAAAUUAAUUCAUAGCGGUCGUUAACAAGAUCGCGGUAAUCUUUAACCAUUUAAGUGUAGGGCGUAUCGAACUACCUAUCUAAUGAAAAUCUAGUUUAUUUUUCGCCGGUAAACAGUGUAGUUUAAUUUUAACGUGCAGUGGAUUAGUAAGAACUAAAGAAAAGUCAUCCUAAAAUGGGUGCUCAUGUAUCGAGGAACGAUUUUGAAUGGGUACAUACUGAGGAGCCGCAUGCAAGCCGUCGAAAGAUCAUUUUGGAAAAAUACCCGGAAAUCAAGAAGCUAUACGGCUACGACCCGAACUUCAAAUGGGUGGUGACAGCGAUGGUGCUCGCGCAGUUCAUCAUGAUGCCAUUGGUCCAGCACAUGAGCUGGCCCGUGUUGGUGAUAGUGGCGUACUGCUUUGGCGGUGUUAUCAACCAUUCUUUAAUGUUAGCAAUUCACGAAAUAGCGCACAGCCUAGCGUUCGGCCACAACAGGCCGUUACACAACAAACUGUUUGGUUUCUUCGCUAAUCUGCCGAUCGGCAUACCGAUAUCAAUCAGCUUUAAGAAGUAUCACUUGGAACAUCAUAGGUACCAAGGCGACGAAGUGAUCGACGUCGAUUUGCCAACGCUAGUGGAAGCUAAAUUAUUCUGUACGACGGGGGGGAAGUUAAUAUGGCUGUUCUUGCAGCCGUUCUUCUAUUCGCUACGGCCUCUGGUUGUUAGACCCAAACCUAUGUCACCUAUGGAGGCUGUUAAUUUGAUAAUACAGCUGAUGUUCGAUAUGGUCGUUGUUAAGCUUUUUGGAUGGAAAGUGUUGGGCUACUUGCUUAUUGGAUCUCUUCUCGCUAUGGGCAUACAUCCAGUCGCUGGUCACUUUAUCUCCGAACACUAUAUGUUCAAGAAAGGCUACGAGACAUAUUCGUACUAUGGUCCUCUAAAUUGGAUAACAUUUAACGUUGGUUAUCACAAUGAGCAUCAUGAUUUUCCGGCAGUGCCUGGUAGUAGGUUGCCUGAGGUAAGAAGAAUUGCGCCAGAAUUCUACGACACACUACCACACCACGAUAGUUGGUCCGCCGUACUAUGGGACUUCGUCAUGGACCCAGACAUCGGCCCAUACGCCAGAAUAAAGCGUAAGCACCACGGUCUGGAUAGUUAGAACGUUGAUAAAUAUUAAUUUCCCAAUAAAAUCAUUGAUUUUACCAUUUUCAUAAGUUAUGUAUAGUGUCGGUCCAAAUACAUACCCUUGCGACACCCCCGAUACAAAAUAGAAAUAUUGCAUUUAUUGUGGAAUUAAAUCGCGGUUUAAAACGGUUAAAUGUUAAUUUUGAAUGUUUAUAAUUGAGUUUUGGUUACAAAUUGUUUUAGGCAUUAUUAUUGUAUGAAAAAUAUAUAUUUUUAGUACAUUUAUAAUAAUAUGAAGUCUGGUUUUUGUAUACUAUACAUUUAAACGAUCACGGUAAUAAAUAAUAAUGGAUAAUUAAUUAUAAAGCAUUUAGUUACUUUUUAUUAUUGCGCAUAAUUUUAAUUUAAAAGAGCGUAUGUGCCGCGCA